AUGUUUUUACACUGCAGUAGUGAUGCUGCAAAAAAAAGGGUAAGACCAAGCGAUUAUAAAUAUAUCCCAGAACACUCUAGAAACGAUAUUGCAAAUAUUUUAGAAAGAGCUAUAGCAUCAGAAGAGGAAAAUCUCGAAAAAAUCGAAAAAACAAAAGAAAGACUUUCACGCGCAAGGAAGGAAAUUGAAGAUCUUAACGCCAGAAAUGAAAGUAUUCAAGAAUUAAUUUCAGAAAAUGACAAAAAUUUAAAGAAUACAAAAGAAGAAAUUGAACGUUUAAAAAAAGAAAAAGAUGAAUUAAAAAAAGCAAAGGGAGAAUUCGAAGCUUCUUUAAAAGAAAUUGAAGUAAAAACAGCUUUCUUGGAGGAUGUUAGUCAACAUAUCUUCAAAGAAGCACUCCGAGAUCCAGCAGUGAUGUGGGGUAAAUUAACUUAUGGAGGUGUGAUCCCAACUAGCGAAGAAAACAGACAAUUUUAUUUAAAUCUUGUCCAACAUUUCGAAAAGAAAAAUUAUAGAAUUUCCGAACUCAGAGAAGAAUUGGAGUCUUUUCCAAUUAAUAAAUUAUUGGAAAAACUCCAUAUUGGUGAUUCCAAAACAGAAGAAACAACCGAUUGCAUUGUCCCAGAGUCAUCUGCUAUAGUGCCACCACAACCAAUAACUCCAACCACACCAAUUAUUACCGAGUUCGAAAAAGACAAUUAA